AUGAUUUCAGAAAUUAUAGUAGAUGCCAUAGUCAAAUAAAUAAUACAUCAGGCCAGAAAAUUGAUACGUGAACAUUAAAUAGAUGCAAAGAUUCCUUCCUUUUUGAAAAGUGAAUCUAUGCAUCAGAUCAAGUAAUAGUGACAUAAAUAACAAGAUCAGCUAUCAAUCUAUACUAAAUUGAUUGUUAAAAUUCUUAAAUCUUAUUGGAUGAUUAGGAAUACAAUUUAAGACCAACAAUAGAUUCAUUUUAGGCAUUGACACUCAAAUUAAUAGAUAGACCAAUAAUUGAUUUAGGAGAACUUAAUUAAAAUCAUACUUUGUCUGAUCAUACAACUACAAAUAAAUCUUUUAUUAGAAGACACUCUUAUAAAAAGAAGAUAGAUGUUCAAGUUGUAAAUUUGAAAGAAUAAAAGCCUACUGUAUUAACAUAGUAAGAUCAUUAAGAAAUUUAUAAGUAGUAGAUGAAUACUAAUAAUAAUAAUAGACAUUCAUUGAUUAUGAAACAAUAAAUCAGAGAUUUGACAAGUAAAAUAAUCUAAUAUAAAUUAAGAACAUAUGUAUAUUGAUAAUUUUGAUCCAAAUGAAUUUAGAAAAAAAAUUUAACAUUAGGCUGAAACUUUGGAAAAAGAAAUCAAAUAAUGUGAUAGAUCAUUUUAGAUUAAAAAAGUAUCUGAUAAAUCCAUCGAUAAUAGUAAUUAUAUGAAUCAAACUGAAAAACCAACAACAGCUCCUUAAGGUUAAAGAAGACCUUAAUAUAUUAUAAAUAAAAAAAUGAUAGAUCUGAAUGUUACUUUACCAUAAUUCAAAAGACAAUUAACUCCAGUUGAAAACAAACGAACUUCUAAAGUUAGAAAUGUUUCUUUGGCUUGA